AUGAGGUUCAUCUCUCUGUUCCUGUCCAUGGCUGCGGUGCUCCAUUGCGCCGCGGCCCAAGGCGAUCCUGCUUCAGCUGUAGCAUCGCUACCAAGAUGCGCACAAGCAUGUCUUGUAACAGCGGUCCUCAACUCGCCAUGCGCGCCGACCAACCAGACAUGUAUCUGCACCAAUGCUCCUUUGCAGGUCGAAGUUGAAGCUUGUGUUCUACAGAACUGUACUCUUAGGAAUGCUCUCACAACCAAGAACAUCACCCAGACGACAUGUGGCGCGACACCGAGAAACCGCACGCCGAUGUACAACACCAUCUCUAUCACCAUGGGCUGCCUGUCUGGCGUGUUCGUCAUUAUCCGCCUGGUACACAAAGUUUUUGCGACAAUGGGCGACCUCGGCAUGGACGACUGGUUCAUUCUCAUCACACUCGGCUCCGGCAUCCCAGGAACUGUCAUCAACACCCACGGGUUCGCCGCGAACGGCCUCGGCAAGGACAUUUGGACAGUCUCAUUCACUCAGAUCAACGACUUUGGGUACUGGUUUUUCAUCAUGGAGCCAAUGUAUUUCGGCCAGGUGACGCUGCUCAAGAUGUCACUUCUCUUCUUCUACAUGCGCAUCUUUUCGCAGAGCAGUAUCAAGAAGCUCAUCUGGGGCACCAUCGGUUUCAACGCAGUAUUCGGCCUCACCUUCAUCUUUGUCGCCAUUUUUCAAUGCCAACCGAUCAGCUUUUACUGGACAAAGUGGGACGGAAACCGCAACGGACAAUGCUUGGAUAUCAACGCCAUCGCCUGGGCCAAUGCUGGCAUCAGUAUCGUGUUGGACAUCUGGAUGCUCGCUCUGCCUCUAUCUCAGAUCAAGGGUCUGAACUUGCAUUGGAAGAAGAAGAUUGGCGUGGCCAUGAUGUUCUUCGUCGGCACCUUUGUCACUGUCGUUAGCAUCUUGCGCCUGCAGUCUUUGGUCGCAUUCGCGAAGUCCCAGAACCCAACCUGGGAUCAAUUCGAAGUCGCAACCUGGUCCACCGUCGAGAUCAACGUGGGCAUCAUCUGCGCCUGCAUGCCCUCAAUACGCGUCAUCCUCGUCGGCUUCUUCCCCAAAUUGCUGGGCACGACACGGCGCGGCACAUCCGCAGCAGCCAAGUACUACAUUCAAUCGAGUGGCAACGGUCGCAGUAGGAACAGGACACUGGGCAACGAUGCCAAGGUCAGGACCGUCGAUCGCGACUCGGGGCUCUCAAGCAGCCCGAAUGGCAUCAUGUACACCAAGGAGUACACUGUCGACUAUCACGACGAGACGAGCUUGGUUCACAUGCGCGAGCUGGAAGCGGGCAGCUCAAAGACAGGGAGAACGGGACGAAGUGGUUCCCCGUUCUGA